GCAUCUUCCUCCAUUUCUGCCUCAUCACCAAGCUCCUGAUCAAGCAAUGGAGGCUAAGGCUGCUGCUGCUGCACUUGCGAGGGUGGAUGGAGAGGAAUUGGCAACUGUGGCUGGUGCCGCUGUGUGGCUCGGGGGGUCAAAGUGGGCUGUUGUUGCUGCAGUUGCUGCUGUGAGGGAGGCUGGCUCAAACUUGGCAAUUGCUGCCAUCUGCGUUCUCAAGAACCCAACUCGGGUUCUCACCAGAGAACCUAGCUCGGGUUCUCAAGAACCCAGGUUGGGUUCCCACCGAGCUGGGUUCUCAAGAACCCAGUUCGGGUUCUCACCAGAGAACCCAACUCGGGUUCUCAAGAACCUAGGUCGGGUUCCCACCGAGCUGGGUUCUCUGGUGAGAACUCGAGCUGGGUUCUCCACCAAGAAAGAGAAAAAAAAAAGAAGAAGAAAGAAAGAGGUGAGGGAAAGAAGAAGAAUGAUCGGUGAUGAAGGUGAUGAAGAUUAGAGAUGGGUGAUUGAUGAUGAAGAAGAAUGAUCGGUGAUGAAGGUGGAGGAUGAUGAAGAUCGGAGAUGAUGGGUAAGAAUGGUGAUUAGAGGAUGAUGGAAGAAAAAGAGGAGGAAGGU